GGAAGUGUUUGCUGCUGCAAGGGGCGAGGUGAAAGGUCACUCAUUCACUUAGCAACAGCGCCAGCCAGUCGGGAGCACCGGGUCUGUCGGUAAAAGCCAGAGAUUCACCGUCUGUCUGCUCACCGGUAGAGCCUUCAGUGAGUUACCCCAGCCGGAGAGAGCGGCCUGUGUCGGCUGCGUAUUCAGGCUGAGCACCAGGAGCGGCUGUGUCCAGAUAGGCCCAGAGCAGGAGGAUUCUGGUGAACAGCAGGAGAAAAUGGCAGCUGGCAAUAUGGAAAUUGAUGAUUCCUUGUACAGCCGGCAGCGCUACGUUCUCGGAGACAAUGCAAUGUAUCAGAUGGCUCAGUCUUGUGUUUUCCUAAGUGGAAUUGGUGGAUUAGGUGUUGAAAUUGCAAAGAACAUUAUUCUUGCAGGCAUAAAGACACUGACCAUCCAUGACACAAAACCAUCUGAAACUUGGGACCUAGGCACUAACUUCUUUCUGCAUGACGAUGAUGUGGCCAGUCACAGAAACAGAGCUAAGGCCACUGUUUUACAACUUGCAGAGUUGAAUCCUUAUGUUCAGGUCAAUAUAUCCAAUAUACUUUUGGAUGAAAAUACAGACCUUGGCUUCCUGCAGCAUUAUCAGUGUGUGGUUUUGACAGAGACUAGACUUUCACUUCAAAAGAGGAUAAAUGACUUUUGCCACGCACAGCAACCACCAAUCAAGUUCAUUAGCGCUGAUGUAUAUGGAGUGUUCUGUCGUGUGUUCUGUGACUUUGGAGAUCACUUUGAAGUAGCUGAUCCAAAUGGAGAAGAACCAAAAGAAAUCUUCAUUCAAAAUAUCACACAGUCCAAUCCUGGAAUCAUUACGUGCAUGGACAAUCGUAAUCAUGGAUUGGAAACAGGCCAGUUUGUAACUUUUCGGGAAGUCAAUGGGAUGACAGAGUUAAAUGAAUCCGUGCAGCAAGUAACUGUUUUGUCCCCAUAUUCCUUUAGUAUUGGAGACACUUCAAGUCUUACGCCAUAUUUACAUGGAGGAAUUGCUGUGCAGCUGAAAAUGCCGAAACAAUUUACAUUUGAAAACAUGGAGAGACAACUUUUAAAUCCUCAAUGCGUGAUCAUAGACUACAGCAAACCUGAGGCACCUCUGCAGAUUCAUAUAGCCAUGCUGGCCUUGGAUAAGUUUCAAGAGCAAUACAAACGUCUGCCAAACAUAGGGUGUCUCCAAGAUGCAGAUGAACUGUUGAGAUUGGCUAUCAUUGUAAAUGAAGCGCUGAAAAAUAAGGAUGUUGUAAAUCAAGAGAUUGUUAAGUGGCUUUCAAAGACAGCAAGAGGAUGUUUGGCCCCUCUUACUGCUGCAUUUGGUGGAAUCAUCAGCCAGGAAGUCCUGAAGGCACUCACGGGCAAAUUUUCUCCUCUUCACCAAUGGCUAUAUUUUGAUGUGAUGGAGAUUGUUCAGGCCCUUGAAGAUACUAGUAGUGAUCAGUUCCAACCAAGAGGAGAUCGAUAUGAUGCUCUGCGUGCAUGUAUUGGAGAAUCCAUGUGUCAAAAACUCAACAACCUCAAUGUUUUCAUAGUUGGAUGUGGUGCAAUUGGCUGUGAAAUGCUUAAGAACUUUGCUUUGCUUGGUGUUAGCACUGGCCAUGAAAGAGGAAUGAUAACUAUCACAGACCCUGACUUAAUAGAAAAAUCCAAUCUAAACAGACAGUUUCUCUUCAGACCUCGACACAUACAGAAACCAAAGAGCUACACAGCUGCAUCAGCCACCUUGGCGAUAAAUCCCCAGAUAAAAAUAGAUUCUCACCUAAACAAAGUGUGUCCAUCCACAGAGAACAUUUAUGGUGAUAAUUUUUACAGCCAAAUGGACGUUGUGAUCACCGCACUGGAUAACGUGGAAGCAAGGAGAUAUGUUGACAGUCGAUGUGUAUCAAAUCAGUGUCCUCUUCUAGAUUCAGGAACUAUGGGUACAAAAGGACACACUGAAGUCAUUGUGCCAAACCUGACAGAGAGUUACAACAGCCAUCGCGAUCCUCCUGAAGAAGAAAUCCCAUUUUGCACGUUAAAAUCCUUUCCAGCAUUAAUUGAACACACAAUACAGUGGUCGAGAGAUAAGUUUGAAAGUUCAUUUUCAUACAAACCCUCAAUGUACAACAAGUUUUGGGAAAACUAUAAAUCAACAGACAAUGUUCUACAGCGAAUGCAAACUGGAGAGAGUUUAGAAGGAUCAUUUCAAGCAAUUAAAUUACUUAAUAGGUGGCCUACAGAUUGGCAGGAGUGUGUGGCUCUGGCACGAGUAAAAUUUGAAAAAUAUUUCCAUCACAAGGCAGUUCAACUUCUGCAUUCAUUCCCACUAGAUACUAAACUGAAGGAUGGAAGCUUAUUUUGGCAGUCACCAAAGAGGCCACCCUGUCCAAUGCAGUUCGACAUAAAUGAUGAGUUGCACUACAGUUUUGUAUUAAGUGCUGCAAGACUUUUUGCAACAAUUUACAAGAUACCUUAUAUGGAACAGGACAUAUCUAAGGAAGCUAUUUCCCAACUACUGUCCAAGGUUGAGAUUCCAAAGUUUACACCUUCUGCAAAACAAAUAGAAACUGAUGAAAACGUAAAGAAAUCUGACCAGGCAAAACUCGCAGUAAGCAGCGAAGAGGAACGAGUGGCCAUUGACCUGUUGAACAAAGCUAGAAGAACUGGAAUGGCAACCAAAACUCGCCUUCACAUGGUGCCAAUCUCCUUUGAAAAAGACAAUGACAGCAACGGGCACAUUGACUUCAUAACAGCUGCUUCCAACAUACGAGCAAAGAUGUACAGCAUCAAUACGGCAGACAGGUUAAAGACGAAAAGGAUUGCUGGUCGGAUCAUUCCUGCCAUAGCAACUGCAACUGCAGCAGUAUCAGGGCUGGUUGCUGUAGAGUUAAUUAAGAUCGUUGAAGGCCAUCCCUUUGAAGCAUACAGAAAUUGCUUCUUUAACCUGGCUAUUCCUGUUGUAGUAUUUACUGAACCAGCUCCAGUUAAGAAAACACAAAUAAGGAAUGAGAUAUCAUUUACAAUCUGGGAUCGAUGGACCAUUUAUGGAAGAGAGGAUUUCACGCUGUUAAAUUUCAUAAAUGCUGUCAAAGAAAGAUACAGCAUUGAGCCAACUAUGGUGGUUCACGGAGUGAAGAUGUUGUAUGUACCAGUCAUGCCAGGACACGUGAAGCGACUAAAACUAACAAUGCAGAAGUUGGUGAAACCAGCAUCAGAGAAGAAGUAUGUUGAUUUGACUGUGUCUUUUGCACCUGAAUCCGAUGGUGAUGAAGAUCUGCCAGGUCCCCCUGUGAGAUACUAUUUCAGACCUGAAGAGAAUUGAGCCCAUGCUUGCUAUGGAUGCUUCAGCCCCUUGAACCAACUUCCACAGAAGUGGAGAAGCACUCACCUAAUUUGCUAAAUUGUUCUGUUUUAUUGUGAUGUAAAUGUCUCUGUAAUCUCCUGCACGUCACCCAAUGCAGACUGCCUUAAUAGCGGCAAUAAAAUCGAUGUUUUCAAA